AUGGACGCCCUCAUCGCCUCUGCCGGUCCCUUGCAGUCCAACAAAAAAGGAAAAUCUUCCAACCACCACCACAGAACACCCCAUCCCACAGCCCACAACACCGUCGCCAGAGGGGAAGGCAAGAAGGCCAUCGAUCCCUCCACCCAAUCCAUUUUGGGAAGUACCCGCAUACCCCACUCUUUCCACCAAUCCAACCUCGCCACCGGCUCCUCGUCGGCACCGCUAAAGCCAGAGUCGUCCGUGGGAAGAAUAGGAGACAAGAAGCUGAGGGCAAAGGUCGCGAGGCAGGAUGUGGGAAACAAGAGAGCAAAGAUUGAUAGGGACGAGGUGAACGAGUGGCUGAACAAAGCCGUUGGUGGAGAAAGCGGGGGGAUCGAGGUUGAUGAAGACCUUGGAGAAAAGACAUGGAGAGUCAAGCAGGACGAGAUUGUCAAGGAAGUUGGCAUGAAUGUCAGGGGCAAGAAAUUUGAUCUCAAGAUGGAAGACAUGGGGAGUUAUAAAGUGGACUACACCAGAAACGGAAGACACCUUGCAAUCGCUUCAUCUCGAGGCCAUAUCGCGACAUUCGACUGGCAAGCUGGCAGACUUCACUCGGAGAUCCACCUCAAAGAAACUGUCAGAGAUAUCAAAUUCCUUCACUCUGAAGCAUUCUUCGCUGUGGCUCAGAAGAAAUAUGUGUUCAUCUAUGAUCAGAACGGUGUCGAGCUGCACAAACUGAAACAACACAUUGACCCCAUACAUAUGGAGUUCCUGCCAUACCACUAUCUCUUGGCCACCGUUGGAAACGCCGGCCACCUCAAAUACCACGACACCUCGACAGGUGUCAUGCUCACCCAAAUCCCUACCCACCUCGGCUCUCCAGCAUCCAUGGCUCAAAACCCCCACUCCGCUAUUAUCCACCUCGGGCACGCCAAUGGUACCAUGACCCUCUGGUCCCCCAACAUGACUACUCCCCACGUCAAACUUCUCGCCCACCGUGGUCCCGUCAACGGUAUCGCAGUGGACCCGAGUGAGCAGAGUGCCGGGCGAUAUGUGGCCACAAGUGGUAUGGAUGGAACGGUAAAGCUCUGGGAUGCUAGGAACUGGGGCAAGGAAGUGAGACAAUGGAAGGUCCGAAACCAGGUCACAGACUUGGCUUUCUCUGGCCAGGGCAUGCUGAGUGUUGGAGGGAAGAGUGGUGUCUCUGUCUUCCAAGACCUCCACAAGGAUACUUACAAACCCCCUUCUCCAUACCUCACCCUACCCCUCCCAAGCCUGACGGCAUCAUCCGUCAAAUUCUGUCCUUUCGACGAUCUUCUCUGUGUCGGACACGAGAGAGGAAUAUCAUCUCUGAUCGUUCCCGGUUCCGGUGAAGCCAACUUUGACAGUGGCGAAGCCGACUUGUACGAGACCCGUACUCGACGACGCGAGCGAGAGGUCCGAGGUGUGCUCGAGAAGAUUCGCCCGGAACUUAUCACUCUUGACACCGAGUUCUUGGGCAAGAUCAGUGAAGGAAGAGGGGGUGAGACGCACGAGGAACGGGAGGGGAGGAGCUUCAGGCAGCUGGGCCGACUGGAGAGGCUGCGGGUUUCCGGCAAGGCUGAUGAGGUUGAUGCGGAGGGUGCCCCUGAGGACGAGGAAGAAGGUGGGGAUGCCAAUGCUGGUGAAAGGGCGGUGAGGGAGAAGAAGGAAAAGAGAAAGAUGAAGGGCAAGGGCAGCGCUACCAAAAAGUACAUGAGGAAGAAGGCCAAGAAGAACAUUGUGGACAAUUCUUUGCUGCAAAUGAAGGCCAAGGUCGCUGCUCAGCGGUCUGCGGAGGAUACGAGGAAGAAGAUCGAGCGUGGGGAGAUUGUCAAAGAGACUGGCGCUUUGGCUCGAUUCGGUUAG